AUGCACCGACUGCUACUCGAAUCCCACGGCGGCGGCGGGAACGAGACCAGCGGCGGAGAUGGGUACCUGAGGGACAUGAACUUCGACGCAAACAUGGUCAUCAUACUCGCCGCCCUUCUCUGCGCCUUGAUACUGGCCCUCGGGCUCAAUUCGAUCCUCCGGUGCGCGAUACGUUGCGGCUGCGGGACCGGUUUGAAGAAGAGAGAGCUGAAGAGGUUUCCGGUGGCGGCGUACGGGUCGAAGGGGGUGGAGAUAGCGGCGACGGAGUGCGCAAUAUGUCUAGGGGAGUUCGCCGACGGAGAGAGAGUCCGAGUUCUUCCGCCGUGUAACCACAGCUUCCACAUGUCGUGCAUCGACACGUGGCUUGCCUCUCACUCUUCCUGUCCUAAUUGUCGGCACUCGCUCAUCGACCUACACGUGGCCAGCUCAGGAUGA